UGUUCUUGAGAGCUUCUAGAGAGUUUUGGACGUGUUCAAUUAGGCUGAUCUCUUCAGAAUGAUUCCCUGUGGAGCAGUGCUGACUUUUGCCCGAUGUCUGAUCCGGAGAAAAAUCGUCACUCUGGACAGUCUAGAAGAUUCUAAACUAUGCCGCUGCUUAACUACCAUGGACCUCAUUGCCCUGGGGGUUGGAAGUACACUGGGUGCUGGGGUUUAUGUCCUGGCUGGAGAAGUUGCCAAAGCAGAUUCUGGGCCCAGCAUAGUGGUGUCCUUCCUCAUUGCUGCCCUGGCCUCUGUGAUGGCAGGCCUCUGCUAUGCUGAAUUUGGGGCCCGAGUUCCCAAGACUGGGUCUGCCUAUCUUUACACUUACGUUACUGUUGGGGAGCUGUGGGCCUUCAUCACUGGCUGGAAUCUCAUUCUGUCCUACGUUAUAGGUACCUCUAGUGUUGCAAGAGCUUGGAGUGGCACCUUUGAUGAACUUCUUAACAAAAAGAUUGGUCAGUUUUUCGGGACAUACUUCAAAAUGAAUUAUACUGGUCUUGCAGAGUAUCCAGACUUUUUUGCUGUGUGCCUUAUAUUACUUCUGGCAGGUCUUUUAUCUUUUGGAGUAAAAGAGUCUGCUUGGGUGAAUAAGUUCUUCACAGCUAUUAAUAUCCUGGUUCUUCUCUUUGUCAUGGUUGCGGGUUUUGUGAAAGGCAAUGUGGAAAACUGGAAGAUCAGUGAGGAAUUUCUCAAAAAUAUAUCAGCAAGUGCCAGAGAGCCACCUUCUGAAAAUGGAACAAGCAUCUAUGGGGCUGGUGGCUUCAUGCCCUACGGCUUUGCAGGAACCUUGGCUGGUGCUGCAACUUGCUUUUAUGCCUUUGUGGGCUUUGAUUGCAUUGCAACAACUGGUGAAGAAGUCCGGAAUCCCCAGAAAGCUAUUCCUAUUGGAAUAGUGACUUCCUUACUCGUGUGCUUUAUGGCCUAUUUUGGGGUUUCUGCAGCUUUGACACUAAUGAUGCCAUACUAUCGCCUCGAUGAGAAGAGUCCCCUUCCUGUAGCCUUUGAGUAUGUCGGAUGGGGCCCUGCCAAAUACGUUGUUGCAGCAGGUUCCCUGUGUGCGCUGUCAACAAGUCUUCUUGGAUCCAUUUUCCCAAUGCCUCGUGUAAUCUAUGCUAUGGCGGAGGAUGGGUUGCUUUUCAAAUGUCUAGCUCAAAUCAAUUCCAAAACGAAGACACCAGUAAUUGCUACUUUGUCAUCGGGUGCAGUGGCAGCUGUGAUGGCCUUCCUUUUUGACCUGAAGGCACUUGUGGACAUGAUGUCCAUUGGCACCCUCAUGGCCUACUCUCUGGUUGCAGCCUGUGUGCUCAUCCUCAGGUACCAGCCUGGCUUAUGCUAUGAACAACCCAAAUACAUUUCUGAGAAAGAAAGUCUGGGAUCAGGUGCCAAUACAACUUCGAAAAGUGAGUCCCAAGUCACCAUGUUGCAAGGACAGGGCUUUAGUCUACGAAUGCUCUUCAGCCCCUCAGCACUGCCUACACAGCAGACAGCAUCUCUCGUCAGCUUCCUGGUAGGAUUCUUGGCAUUUCUCAUCUUGGGCCUGAGUAUUCUGACCACAUAUGGAGUCCAGGCUAUUUCCAGGCUGGAAGUGUGGAGCCUGGCCCUUCUCUUCCUGUGUCUUUUCCUCUGCAUUGCCGUGGUUCUCACCAUUUGGAGGCAACCACAGAAUCAGCAGAAAGUAGCCUUCAUGGUCCCACUCCUACCCUUUCUGCCAGCCUUCAGCAUUCUAGUGAACAUUUACCUCAUGGUUCAGUUAAGUGCAGACACUUGGGUCCGAUUCAGCAUCUGGAUGGCACUUGGUUUCCUGAUUUACUUUGCUUAUGGCAUUAGACACAGCCUGGAGGGUAACCCCAGGGAUGAGGAAGACGAUGAAGAUACUUACUCAGAGCACACUAGUGCAGCAACAGAAGAAAAAUCUGCCAUGCAAGCAAAUGACCACCAUCAACGAAACCUCAGUUUACCUUUCAUAUUCCAUGAAAAGACAAGUGAAUGCUGAUAUGUGAAGACCACAGCUGUCCCACAGUCUUACCACACAUAACCUGCAUUAAGUAAACUAUGACAGGAUGUUAUCAUCAUACUAGGUUGUCAAGGAUUUGCUACAUACAUAGUUCACCCUAAUUUAUACUUCUUCCAGAUAGUAUCUCUUCAUAUGGUGAAUUAUGUGCCUAGGGAAAUUGCCCAAACACUCUCUUCAGUAAUGAGUAUCCACAAAAUAGUGUGUGUGUGUGUGUGUGUGUGUGUGUGUGUGUGUGUACGUACAUGUCUGGGGACGUGAAUGUUAAAAGUCGGUGUUUUAUUAGCAUUAGCUGAUGUUAUCCCAGCAUUUUAAUUGGUGUCAUAUACUUUAAAUACUAAAAUAGAAGCAAGAAUACUGAGUAAAGAAGUAUUCUGUGUAUCCCCUGUGUAGCUGGGGAAAUAGUGACUGCUUUUUCUUGUUGGGUUUUAAUAAUGCCAAUUUAGACUUGCUAAAAAUACAGUCACCCACAUUGAUGUCUUUCAUUGGUUAAGGACAAGAGAAAAGGAAGAGAAAUGAGCCUUUUGUGCAAAUUAUAAGUGACAGCAGUAGCACGCAUUUUUUCCUCCCACAUGGUCAGAGAGUUUGCUGAACCUUUAGCCAGUUGGGAUCAUUAGUUUCCUCUGUACAACACAGAAUAGAGUGGUAUUCUGUGUCGCCAGAGGGCAUCCCUACUUUAAGAGUCAUGGUCCUUAAAUAUGACACCUCCACCUGCUUGAAUGAUGUGCCCUGGCAAUCCAGUCAGGGUCACAGGAGAGAAACUUUGAAAGUAAGAGAGUAGAGAUAGCCCCUGUGGCCCCAAAGUGUCCUUGAUGAGGCUGUGUUUGAAGAUCAGAGAAUUGGACUUAUGCUUGUAUAGACACCAGAAUUCCUUAUUUUCAAAAGUCACUUACACCGGUAGAACCUUGUAGAUCACACAACUGAUAGAAUGACUUUUACUUUAUUUUCCAUUACUUAAUAUCCAGUCACAGUUUGGCAUUUUUCACUUCAUCAAGCACAGAAUUCACUCCUUUGUUUCUGUUAUUUUGUCUGAUCCUGGAGGUGAGGAGAUGCAGUAGCAAAUUCUAUCUUUACAGUAAAUGAAAGAAAAGAGAGGGAUACAAGAAAACCUUUCCCUAUUCAAAUAUUAAAGGAAAUUUGGCUCAAUUUAAGGAGUAUAGAUAUAAUUUGCUUUUGAUGUUUCUUUUAGAAAUGUUGAGGGAUGACCACCCCUCAUCAUUUAGUACUUCUUACUUCAUUUGCUUUUAAAUGACCACAAUAAGCCUAUUAACACAAGCUCCAGUAUUCUAUACAACUCAUCAAUGAGUGUGCAUUUAUUUAUAUUAGGAACAUGAUUAUUUCAAGCUAAACAAGUAACCAGGUUGAAUUAACGAUACAUAAACACAGCAACCAUCUAUAUGAUUAAAUGUAAGAUUCUAUUUGUAUAUAUUUUACUUUAUAGGAUUCUCUGAUAGUGGAUUAUAUAUAUUCAGUCUGUUGUAUUCCUCAUGAAUUAUUAUUAUUAUUAUUAUUAUUAUUUAUCAAGGUAGGGUCUCACUCUAUCCUAGGCUGACUUGGAACUAACUCUACAGUCCCAGGCUAGCUUUGAACUCACAGUGAUUCUCCUACCUCUGCCUCCCAAGUGUUGGAAUUAGGGAUGUGUAACACCACAUCCAGCUCAAUGAAUUAAUUUUUGUGUAAAUAAUUAAAUGGCUUUUUAGAUGGAGCUAGUGUCUAGAAACAGGGGAGGAACUGCCAGGAUAUCAUGGGCAUGCAUACAGGAUAGUAAGCAUGCUGGCUGACCUGCGAAAUCCACAGGCAGGGAAAGCAUUUGCUUUCUCACAGUUCUAAGAAAUCAGUUGUCUCUGUGAUGCAUUAAGAAGCAGGUUGCGCUUGUUUUCGAGUAAGCAGAAGCUUAUUGUGACAAGCAGGUAAAGAGCCUGGAUUUCUGGCUGCUACUGUUGUAUCCCUAGCACAGAGCUCACUGCUGACAUUCCACAGUUCCCAGGGUACACAUGGUGAAAUCUGAAGACCAGAGUGCUCUUUGAAACCUCAUGCUUUAUUCACUAGGAGGAGUUGGCUAAGCAGAGAGUAAGCCAUUUUCAGAAGAACUGUGGGUAUGAUCAGAAAUACCUUUUGUUACAGCAGAACCCUGAGAAUUCACUGCAUUCUCCAAUCAGUGUAGAAUAAGCCCUUUACAAGGGAAAUAUGAGCGGUUUUAUACAUGAAUAUUUAAGUGUUUUACUAUAACAUUAUCAGAUUUGUCUAGGGGAUAGACAGCUUAAAAAAAAAGGUACUAUGCCCACUAUGUUCAAUUAGGAGGAGAAUUUAGUUAAAAUUAUUUUUUACAUUGAAACAUUUGCAAGCACAAAUGUGUAUGAAGAGGUGAUUUGUCAGUUACCAGGUGUUUGUUUUUUUUUUCCCCUGUGAAGACUCAUAUAGAUGUGCAUGUGUAUAUGUGUGUAACAUUUGUAAGCAUAUUUACAUAUGUAUGUGACUGUAUAUUAUGUGUGUGGGGGGGUAUUGUUAUUUCAGUUGUCAAUGUAUAAGUAAGCUGGGUUUAUGCUGGGCUUUGGGUAUGAUAUUGUUACAUGAAUAAAAAAGCCCAACUGACGUGAAAUAAAACUAAUAUUUUAUAUUGAUAUUUAGGUUUUAAACUAUUUUAAAAUAUACAAUUUUAUAUGUACGUUUUCUAUAGAUAGAUUCUUUAAGAAAUAUUUAUCGUGUUCUGUUAUGAAAUCACUAAACUCAGUGCAUUGUAACAGGUGCUUUGUAAUCUGAGGCAUAGGGUAUAUCAGGAUGCUCUUUUCUGACACAGCCCUUCUGAGGUGUGCUUGCCAGGGAAAGCCUGAACUUCCAGCUCUUCGCCACAUCUCUGUUCCUACAUUUGAUUCUCUUUGAGUAAAAGGUUGUUUUCACCUUUUUAAGAUUUCAAAAAUGUUUUAUGUAUAUUUGACUAGAAAUUGAACUACAUAAGUCCUCUCCAGAAUUUUCUUAAAUAUAUGUAGAUUACUUUAAUUGUGAUUGAAUAAGCAACUUAUAUUACUAAUUUUAACACUAGAAAUUAUGCUGCCAACAUUUUCAGGGAGAACUUCUUAUAAUGGCUCCUUAGUUUUAUACUGUUAACAAAAGAGAAUUUGUGAAUUACCAUUUGAAGGUAAUGCCAGCCAUGCAUUUUAGAAAGUAGCUGUGUAAAUGCACAUUUUAAAACCCUUUAUGAGAAAAACUUAUUAGAACAUUUGAUAUCUACUAAAAAUAUUUUAAUUUCAUUUUCUUGAGUGAUACAACAUCAAGAAAGCUGAACAAAACUGUGUUUAAUUAUGUCUAUAUGGACAUAUAAACUUUAUUAUCAGCCACCACUGAGAAAAUACCAGUUUCUGAAUCAUCUUGCCUUGAAGACUAAGAAUGCAUCUUUAAAUUUUUAUGGCUAAAGGAUUUUAAAAACUUUUUUAUUUUAGACAUUGCACAUUUUUUCCUAGACCCUGGGUAUUUGAGAGUAGUUGUUUAAAAAAUAAUCUAAUAAAACACUUUGAACUAUGUUUUUGCCAAAUUGUUUUCUACAUUUCUUUGAAUACUUAGCUCAGGACAAAUAUAGGCAAGUAAUUGCCCUUCAGCACUAAAGAUGGAGAGGGAGCAAUUGAGCUUUCCCUUCUUUCUUCAAUCAGGGCACUGGGACGGGGUGUAUUGCAAAUACAUUUUUUGUGCCCACAUAAAAUUUGGUGUAUUCCAAGAGGGUGAACCAGAUGAAAGUGUCCCAAAAUUCUGGCAUUUACUUCCUUGCAGUGUUGCUCAUAAUUUCUCCUGUUAGGCUUCCAGUGGUAGUCUCCAAGUUCAGUUUCCACAGGACUUUUAGAGAUUGGACUUAGAGUGUUAUCAUUGAUUCGUAAAAUUCACAUAGUUUCUAAGGGGAGGGUUAGUAGGAUGAGAAAAAUUAGCUAUCCUUUUUACUCAUGCCAAAAUAGUGCCUUCUCUAUACAUUUUCUACUUUAGAAAGUUCUCCAAUGUCCUUAUGGUGUCAAAGGGUGAAAUGCUAAAAUUAGUAUAGUAAACCAAGCCAGCAAAGGUCAUGUUUAGUCACAUAAUUUUGAAAUAAGGUAAAUGGAGUUUGUUGCUUAGCUAAGAUUUUUUUCCUUGUAUAAUUAUAUUUAGCUUUCUGGUUUCUGGAUUUUGAGAGGCCUGGUGUUUCUAUAGUAGUUGCUGGUUAAGAUGGUGGUUUUUAUAGCACUCAUUGUUUCUAUGUAUACACACAGUUUAGUUUUACUGAUUUCAAGUGUGUUCUGUUAUGACACAACCCAGUUGUAACAUUGCUCACAGGAAACACUGUUCCUGGUUGAUACUUACCAUGGCUGGAGCCACUGCCACCAUCUGUGGACUUUAAAGAACCUUCUUUGACCACUGACAGUUCCAUGAAGAACACAGCCAAGACUCCAGGGCCAGAAAGUCUGCAGUGUGAGCAUCUGUAACUACCGCUGGGAUGUUAGGGUAGGAUAUGAAGUUGGGAAAAAGAACUUCUAAUGAGAGGAAGGUCAUCUCAAGUCCUUAAUGUCAGUUCCAAAUGUCACAUGAGAAAUUCUGUGACUGGUGGAGGGAGUGGCCGCUGCUUGGAACCAGUGUGGUGGGGCCUGGCCUAUAUCACUUCCUAUAGGUGCACAGCCUCACAGUGGAAGUGCAUGGCCAAGACCCGAGCCUUUUGUUGCCAAUGGGGGUAAGGAGCUCUGUACCCCCAUCUAGUUGAUAAGCCCUUUAUUUUUCAUGUCCACUCAGUUGUUUUAUUUUUUCAUUUGUUUUUAUUGUAUGUAAUAGAAAUUAAUAAGACCCAAACCAUAAAUUCUCUGUUUAUAAAAACCAAGAAGUACACUUGUAAGUACAUGUGCAAAUGUAAAGUUUUGUUGACCAGAUGGUAGUUUUGAUGUUUUUAAUGAUAAUCAGUGUUCUUUUUACAUAUAGAGUUGGAUUCUUUUUUAGAAUUUAUAAUAAAAGCUAUUCCUCCUUUAA